UAAACAAUGAACGAUAAAAUUUAAAGACACGUCAACAUUGCUUUUGACGUUGUGUCAAUUAACUUUUUCUUGUGAUCAGUGAAACAUCAAAGUUUACGUUUUCCUUUCGUUUUGGUUUUCGUUCAGUUUUGUUUGAUUUCGUUUUAAUUAUUGUUUGUUCAGAAUGGACAAUCCGGGUGCCUCCAACAACAAGCUGCAACAAGCCCAGCAACAGGUGAACGAAGUUGUGGGCAUAAUGCGUGUCAACGUUGAAAAAGUGCUGGAACGGGACCAGAAACUCUCCGAGUUGGACAGUCGGGCGGACGCCCUGCAAGAAGGUGGCAAACGAUUCGAGCAGCAGGCCCAGAAAUUGAAAAGGAAGUAUUGGUGGAAGAAUAUUAAAAUGAUGAUCAUUCUUGGUGUUAUUGGUGCAGUCAUAUUAAUAAUCAUCAUAGUGUCGCUGACGAGUGGAGGAAGUGAUGAUGAUCACUCUACAAAGUCGAUAACUGAUGCACCUAAAUAAAUUAUAACGUUUUAAUUAAUUAUAUAUUUUAUAUGCGAGUCUUUUAUUAGUUCUGGCAGAAAGCUUAUAUGUUAACUAUUAACAAAAAAGGCACAAAUCAGGUGUAAGACUAAAAAACUGUUCUUCCAAUUGUGGGUAAUUUUCUACCAUUAUGGCCUUAUUGACCAAGUAUUUUUUUCUAUAUUGUAUUGUAUAAUAUCCCUUAUUGUAUUUGAAUAAAAUAUAUUUAUUUGUUA